AUGAAAUUAAUGGAAAUAGAUUCACUAAAUGAAGCUAAAUAUAGUGUUGCUGAAUCAAUACAGAAAGCGAAGCACACUUUGAAUACAAUCAAUUCUAUAGAUACAAAAAAAAUAAAAGAGGUAAAUAUGGCAGCAGUUUUAAAGGAUGUCAAAGAAAUUGUUAAUAUACCUUGGUAUUUAAAUAGACAGGAAAGAGAGAGUUCUUUAAGAAUAAAGAUAAAUGACAAAAUCAUACAAUUAAUUGAUGACUUCAUGCAACUAGAAGGUAGUGAAUGUAAUACAUACACUUUAAGUACUACAAGGGAACUAGUUGAAAAUAAUGUGGAUAUACCAAAAGCACCACCCACUAUUGUUUAUCCCCCUGAGAUUGUUAAAGGGUCUCAAGAACUAAUAUAUAUAUCACAUAUUGUGGAUCCUCACAACUUCUAUAUACAAAAGGCUUCUCAUCAGUCUAAUAUCAAAGAAAUGAUGAGGGAGUUCAAAAAUGCGGUUUCUAUGCCAAGACCUUCUAUCAGCCAUGUAACUGAAGGUAAAUUUUAUCUGGUAUUCAGUAAGGUCGAUAAUAUAUGGCAGCGUUGUGAAGUGUUGUCAGUCGACAAACGAAACGCUAACAAACCGAUAUACAAAGUAUUCUGUGUCGACUUCGGCUGUACUGAAUUGGUUACUAUAGAUAAGUUGCGUCUAUUACAACGCGCCCGUAUUCAAAACCCUCCACACUUCGCGUUCAAAUGUCGACUGGCCAACUGUGAGCCAAUUAAUGGAAGUUGGACCAGCGAAGACUCCAUACUUAUACAGAAUAUUAUUGACAAUAAGCAGGCAGUACUUCAUGUGCAUCAAAUACGAUCGACUACCACGGGAGGCUUGUCUUUGGAAGGAGAUAUUAUCACGGUAGAACACGCAGUUAAUGUAGCUCAGGCACUCGCCUUCCAUGGUCGUGCGAAAAUACCUCAUGCUACAAAGUAUCCAAAAAUAAAAGCCAUGAAAGAGAAACCAAAACUGUUUAUAAGUAAUAACGAUUUCAAGCUACAUACGUCAGAAGAUGUUUAUAUCACGCAUAUUACGAGCCCAGAUAAUUUUUAUGUUAGAAAGCAACACCUUCAAAGUGUUUAUGAAAGUCUAUGUGAAGAAUUGGAUCACGAGUACAGUUUAAGUUCACAAAAUGACUGUAUACAUUUACCAGAAAAAGACAUGGUGGUGGUUGCUCACUGUACCCGUUGGUCCCGCGCUGUGAUCCGUGAGCUGCCUGGUCGUAGUCGAGUUCGUGUGGUGUGCGUUGACACGGGAGCUUCGGAACUGGUGCAUUGGACCGCCUUGAGGAGACUGAAGACUAAGUUCACUGUACUGAGGGCGCUGGCAACUGAAUGUCAUUUAGCAGGAGUGACGCCUCUGAAUAAAAAAUGGAGUCCGGCUUCGGUGUCAUUACUACAGAAGUUUCAAGACAAGUUAUUAGAGCUUUAUGUUGAAGACAAUCGUAAUAAAAACUCCUUGGGUGUUAUACUUAACGACAAAAGUGACGAAAAUAAUGUUAUAUGUAUCAACACGUUAAUGAUAAAAUAUAAAUUCGCUGUGAGUUUCGGACUUUUUAUGUUUAACAAAAAUACUGACAUGGAUGAUCUAGUCAUCACUAAGAAAUCUCCACUCGAUGAACCCAAACCUGUUGUGAAAACUGAAAAAAAAGUUAAAAUCCUCAAAAAAGACACAAAUGUAGAAAAUAAAACGAAAGACAAAAAUUUGGAAGCAAAAGAUAAAGGACCUCUUAGACUUGAAGCGCAUGUCCUGAAUUAUCAGUCACCAUCACUAUUAUACGUGUCUUUGGUGCAUCAACAGAAAAUAUUUAAUGAACUCUUUGAGAAAAUACAAAAAUAUUACUCGACAAAGAAAUUACAAGGCAAAACUAUAUGGAACGUCGGCGAUAGGUGUUGUACUAUAUGUAAUCAAUCGCAUACAUGGCGCCGGGCGGUCAUUUUGGAAAUCGAAAAUGAUAAUGCCAAAGUCUUCUAUUCUGAUUUCGCGUGUGUUGAAACUGUUCCUAUAUCUACUUUGAGGGAAUUAUCCCAAGAAUUCGGAUCUAUAGGUGAUGCUGCUAUAAUGUGUCAUCUUUGCGGCGUAGUACCAGCUAUCGGUGACGAAUGGCCAUCACUUACUAAGGAAUACUUAAAGGAAUUACUUGACGCGUAUAAAAGAGUUUUUAUAACUAAAGUCGGUACAUUUAAAGGUAAAAGUAUGCCGAUAGAACUAUGGGUGUAUCACACGAUACAGGGAGGCGCUCUCGAACCGAACAAAUCUGAAUGGAGAUGUCUCAAUAAGAAAAUAAUUGAUCAAGGUUUAGGUAUUCCUGAUAAAAGUGAUGAGCUAACUCCCGACAGUGCUACAAAUGGCGACGACAUGUUGUCUUUCUUAAACAUAGCCGGUUCGGUUCGUGAUUGGCUGCAAGUAGAACCGAUGCCAUUAAAACCUCUCAAAAUAAAAAGCGAUUCUGAUGAAGCCAGCAAUAAUUCGACGCAGAGAGAAAAUCAAACCGAAAAGUGCGAAGAUGGCCCAAGUUCCAAUACAGUUUUCAUAUCAGAAUGGUUACCGCCCGAACCAUUGCCCGCUAAUGAGUUCACGGCUAUGCCAACAUAUAUAGACAACGACGGUGUAAUUUACCUUCAUGAUGUGUUUCAAGAGGAUACUUUGGAUCUUAUCCGUAAAGCUUUGGAUGUGCGCUUCAAGUAUCCAGAUCGAAAAGCUAAAUUCUACAAGUGGUCAGUGGGAGAACCUUGUGUGGCGCUUUACUUCUUAGACAACCGCUUUUACAGAGGAAAAAUACUAUCGGUUAAUAAUGAAGAAUCUACAUGUCUAGUGCACUACAUAGACUAUGGAAACGAAGAAGUAUGUGCAUUCGAAAACCUUAGAAAGAGUAUAGCCUUGUAUCAAAUACCGACUCAGGCGUAUAAGUGUGUUCUGAGCAAAAUAGUACCCGUUGGAAAGAAUUGGGACAGAACAACCUUGGAUUAUAUACAUAAAUCAAUAGUUGAGAAGAAAUGUUUCGUUAAAGUUAGUGGGGAAGCAAUAGGCGAUGUGAUUCCUAUAGAACUAAAGUACGAUAAGUUGUGGAUCAAUGAUCAUCUUGUUGAGUUUGAGAUGGCUAAAUAUUCAGACGGCUCCGAAGCCAUUGUAAGAAAAUACGCCCCGAAUAUAAAAGAUAAUAAACUAGAACAACCAAUAGAAUCAGAUUCCGGCCCAGACUAUAUCAUAGAGGACGAUAAUGUUGACACUUCUUCUACACACGACUCUAUAAAUCUAGGCUCAUUAGAUGGCAAGGAUUGGAACGAAUUGAUAGAAAUCGAAGAAAAACAUGAAAACUUCAAAACUUAUACACCUUAUAGUGAAACUGAAUUCAAAUGCACGAUAACAGUACUCAAUGAAGUUAGUAAACUCGAAUUGAAUAUCAUACAUGAUGACGAAACAACUAAGAUGUAUGAGGAUAUGUUUGAAGAACUUCAGAAUGAUGGGUGUAAUAUGAUUGAUUUAAAUGGUGUUUUUGAGAACAAGGCCUGUGUUGCCCUAUUUCCGGAAGACGGCCAAUGGUAUAGAGCUUCCAUUUUACAGUACAGUAAAUUGUCAAAUCGGGUAAAAGUGAAAUAUGUCGAUUAUGGCAACAUUCAAGUACUGUCAUUGAGUGAUGUUAGAGAAAUUGACAAGAAAUAUAUUGAACUACCCCCGGCUAAUUUAACUGUAACAUUGCAUGGUGUUAAAUUGAAUCCGAGUAUAGAUAAAGAUUAUUUGGUGAAACUUUACGAACAAACAUUCCUAGACAAAGAACCGUUUGAUGUUAAGAUUAUAGAUAUCAUUGAUUCAAUACCUAGUGUCGAACUGAGACAAGAUGGACAUUUGGUUUAUGAAAAUCUUAUACUAGAAAACAUAUUCCUUAAAUGUGAUUAA